GAUUCAUGUAAUCGAAUAUAUUGUAAAUAAUGUUUAGAAUUACAAAAACUUAAUAACAAAUGUUUAUCUUGUUAAAAAAAUACAUAAACUCUAUCCAAAUAAUUAGAAUGUACAUAUAUAAAUCUUCAAGUAAAAUGUUAAUACUGUUAAAAAAUAUACAAACUUCAGAUAAUUGAAAACCAUACAUAAAUAUGCAAAAUAGUUUAAGAAAAAGCAGUUCCAUUGACAAACUCAAUAUAUGAUUUUCGUCGAUUUCAAACUCAUGAGGAAAUAUUUGAAUGUUUAAUUUGUUUUUAAAUGUCGAAAGACCCAAGGCAAUGCUAAGGAUGUUAAAAAUGUUUUUGUUCUAAAUGUAUAGAAGACUGGCUAAAAUAACCCAAAUACGAAAACUAAUGUCCGAAUAGAUGUCCUUAAUAAUUUAAAAUAAUUCAAAUAACUCCAGACUUAUAAAAAUAGUAUUAUUCUUAAUAAGUAAUAUGUGUAUACUGUUAUGAAUCAUUUGAAUUUAAAGAAAUAUUACAACACGAAAAAAUAUGCUAAUUUCCUAAGUGUCAAAAUUACGAUAUAUGUCAAAAACGCCUUACAAAUAAUCAAAAUGAUCCUUUAUCAAAAUAAGGUUUUUGUGAACUUGAAUGCCUUCUUAUGAUCGAAAUAAUGAAUAACUAAUCUAAUUAUAAUAAUAUGUAUAAAUCAAUAAAAAACUUCUUUUUAAAAAACUAUCCAAAUAUUGAUGGUUUGCCUUAAUAAUAAUAAGUUGUUUUAUAAAAGUAAGCAUCUAUUUCUUUGUUUUCCCCUAUUUAAUAAGCAAACGGAUUACUUUAAACAUUAUUUUAAUAAAAUUAAAAUUAAAAUUUAAGCGAAAAUAUAGUUCUAUAGUGGGACCCUUAAACUAGUGGAACUGGUAUUUAAGUUAUUGAUA